AUUUAUUGCAUCAAGCUAACGUUAGCUAGGUAACUUUGGAUGCGAUGUUUACGAAGAUGCUUCCAUAGAUAGAACAAUGAGCAAAUAUUUGAUGCUUCCCGCUAGUAGUUAGCCAGCUCAUCUUCUAGCUAUUUUACGUUUCAUUUUCUGCUAUUGCAGGUUUUUGCGUUAUCGAAAUGGGGAAAGGUUGCAAAGUUGUGGUGUGUGGUUUGGCAUCUGUAGGAAAAACAGCCAUCCUUGAACAGCUGUUGUAUGGUAAUCACGCUGUUGGUUCAGAGUCCACUGAGACCCAGGAGGAUGUGUAUGUGGCAUCGGUGGAAACGGAUCGUGGUGUAAAGGAACAGUUACGUCUCUAUGACACCAGGGGGCUCCACGACGGCCUGGACCUUCCCAAGCACUACUACUCUGUGGCAGACGGCUUUGUGCUGGUCUACAGUGUGGACAGCCUGGAGUCCUUUAAGAGGGUGGAUGUCCUCAAGAAGGAAAUAGACAAGUCCAGAGACAAGAAAGAGGUGAUGGUGAUCGUGCUAGGGAACAAGACAGACCUGCGUGAGCGUCGUCAGGUGGAGCAGGAGGCAGCGCAGCAGUGGGCGCGGGGGGAGAAGGUCAAGCUCUGGGAGGUCAGCGUCACUGAGAGGAACUCUCUCAUCGAACCCUUCACCAUGCUCACCAGCCGCCUCACACAGCCUCAGAGCAAGUCUGCCUUCCCUCUUCCAGGACGCAAGAGCAAGGGCACGGCGUCCAACGACAUAUGAACUGAACUCAACCUCAAGAGCACCUAAGUUCCAAGUACUUCAGGGGGGAGAUGUUAGAGAGUAGGGUUGAUGAGUUAGCCAGCCUACUUCAAUUAAUAUUCUGACUUCAUAUCACCAUGACUCUACAUUCCAUAGACAACCAACAACCCAUAUUAAGAGCUUUUUAUUUAAUAUUUUAUUGACUAGCAAAUCAAGAGAUGUAUCUUAAUGUUUAUCAAAGUGAGCUGGCUAAAUGAGUGAGACUGCUUUGUGGUGUCACCAUACACCCCUCUGGUUUCAGUGUGUCCCAUCCUAUGGGAUGGCUAUAGUAGCCGCUGUACAGCAAGGUCUAGGCCCAUCUAAUGCGCCUUUAGAGUGAGGCAUAUUACCUAGUGUAUGGCCUACUACCAUAUAGUGUACGGCAUAUUACUGGAUAUUACCUAGUGUAUGGCCUACUACCAUAUAGUGUACGGCAUAUUACUAUAUACUACCUAGUGUAUGGCCUACUACCAUCUAGUGUAUGGCAUAUUACUAGAUACUACCUAGUGUAUGGCCUACUACCAUCUAGUGUACGGCAUAUUACUAUAUACUACCUAGUGUAUGGCCUACUACCAUCUAGUGUACGGCAUAUUACUAGAUACUACCUAGUGUAUGGCCUACUACCAUCUAGUGUACGGCAUAUUACUAUAUACUACCUAGUGUAUGGCCUACUACCAUCUAGUGUAUGGCAUAUUACUAGAUACUACCUAGUGUAUGGCCUACUACCAUCUAGUGUACGGCAUAUUACUAGAUACUACCUAGUGUAUGGCCUACUACCAUCUAGUGUAUGGCAUAUUACUAGAUACUACCUAGUGUAUGGCCUACUACCAUCUAGUGUA